UGAUAACAAAAGAAAACUAGCUACUGAGUGGUGUGCAUGUGUGCCGCGCACAGUUUUUACAUAUCGUUCAGACCGGCAAAUUUACGCGCGCUGUAUUUACAUUUUAAUUACAAAUUCGCGUUAUUCAAAAGCAGCUGCAAAUAAAACUUCAAGCAACAGGCAAGGCAGCAAAACGGAAAAAGGAAAGUGAAGAAAGGAAAAGCGGAGCACGUAAAACUUGGAGCUGAGUUGAGUUAAAUUGGGGCCCAACCCAAGGACGCAGGCAAGCAACUGAAACUGAACUGAACUGAAAUCGAAAGCGCCCGAAAACAAAAACAAAGACAAAAGGAAAAACAUGUCAGCGCGCAAGAGUCAAACACAAAUGGCUCCUCCGCCGCCGCCGCCCAAGCCUGGCAAGACUCAAGCCAAUGGCAACGGUUCGCUGCCGAAUGGCACCGCCAGCAACAACAACAACAACAAUAAUAAUAACAACAACAGUAAGGGCCACAGCUAUAACAACAAUAACAGUAACAGUUACAACAGCAAUAAAAGUGUCGCAGUCACAACUCCCAGCGAGCACGAGGCACCGAUUCCCAAUCAGAACAGCAGCGCCAGCCAGCGCAGCCAGACGCCACCGCGCACAGAGCAGGUCGUGAUGACGCCCCGCGGCAAAACCGCCAACAGCACCGUUAUACUCAUCGAGCGCAAGCUGAUCGAUGAGAUCAAUGAUCGGGUACAUGUCGCCGGCGGCGACCACACCGGAAUUAUCAUCAACAAGGAUACGCAGUCGGCGCAGAAAAGCGCCAGCAAGGCGGCCGCGCUAUCCUUGGAGUUCCGCGUGUUCCUCGUCAGCGCCAACACGGGCAAACACUCGCAGGAGUCGCGUACGCUGCGCUUCUGGUUCCGCGACUGGCUGACCAACGAUGAGAAGCAGGCGCACAUAGCGCAGGACUUCUUCAAGGAGCUGGUUAGUCCGCAGGACUUUCCCAGAGACUAUGUGGGAUUCAUCAAGAAGAUAAUGAAGCUGCUGCAGCACGGCUAUCCAGAGAUCCAGUCCAUUGAGAUUGAGCUGCGCAUUCUGGAGGAGACCUCAGCGCCGCCCUCACGUCCGCCGCGCGAUGGCUAUAUCAUCUACUGCUAUGGGGACUGCAAUCGCAAGUUCGAGGAGGCGUUGCUGGCGCAGCGUAAAACAGUUUCGCUGGAGGAAUCACAGUUUGAAUCUCCGCCGCUGACACAGGAGAAGGUGCUGGAGCUCAUUGAGCAGGCCUACCCCAAUCCCAUAUCACCAGAGGACCUUGCCAAGGACUAUGGUUGGAAUGAGCAGGACGUGCUGCUGGUCAUACAAUCGCUGCAGGAGCGCAAUCUUAUCAAGCUGAUGGAAUACAAUGCGUACACGCGCAUUCAUCACGAGGAUAAGGAGAUCAAGGUGGUUAAGCAAAUGCCCACCAUAGCCUCGAAUAAACAGCCCACGAUUGCCAUUAUUACGGCUCAGUAUUGUGAGAAACUUGCCGUGGAUGCCAUGCUGGAGAACAAGGAAACCUUUGUGCGCUAUACAACAGUCGACUCCGAUCCCAAUCUAACGAACUCACUCAGAAAAACCAAAAAGAAACGCAGAUUUGGCGAAUCAAACGUUUAUACCUUGGGCAACAUUGGAGCACAUCGGAUCGUGAGCACCAAGCUGCCAUCGGUGGGCAGCAAUCGUGAGGCAAUGACAGCGACGGGAAAUACAACAACACGUCUGCUGGGCACAUUCCAAAAGGUCGACUAUGUAUUCAUAGUGGGCGUGGCAGGCGGAGUGCCACACUAUACGGACUAUAAGAAGCAUGUGCGUUUGGGCGAUGUGGUCAUCUCCUAUGUGGACAAGCAGCGGGCACUGAUGAAUAGCAAGGAGAAACCCUAUGUGUAUGUGUAUAAGAGUGGCGAGGAUGUCAAAACCUACUUCCCCAUCAAUGAUUCACUACAACAGAUUGCCGAGAGUCUGCAGGCCAACAUGGAACUCAAGCGUCCCUGGGAGGCAUAUCUCAACGAUGCACAACAAGUGCUAGCCCAGAAGACGGAAAGCAACUUUUCUCGCCCCGAUGCCAAGAGCGACAAGCUCUUUAUGAAUAUUGGCAAUAACGAGGUCAUUGAGGUCGCCCAUCCCAUUGCAGCCGAUGAGCUUAAUGGCGUGUCUAGGCUGCGCCUGCAUUUAGGUCCCAUUGGCUCUGGACGGGACUUGGUGCGCAGUGAUGAGCUGCGCACGCAAUUCGCACGCAAGUUCGGACUGCUGGCUACAGAUGUGGAGAUGAGCAGCGUUCUGGACAGCAUUAUCGGCAACUGUCGUGAGAGCUUUAUACUGGUGAAGGGCAUAUCUGACUACAAGGACGGCAUGUCUACGCGUAAAUGGCUAAAUUAUGCCUCGCUCUCGGCUGCUGCCGUUGUCAAGUCUGUCAUCUGCGGCAUGGAUGCACCCACAAAUGUAUAAGUGUGCAUUUCAUAUUAUGAUUUUAAUAUUUUCAAAACUGUAUUUUAAUUUUUGAAUUUUUUUUUGCGUUAUUAACCAAAAGCGGGGCUUUGCCCUUUAGUAGACCAAAAUAUAUAUAUAAAUAUGUAUAUUGUCCUAAUACUUGAUGAAUAAUGUGUGUGCGAGUAAUUUUCUUGUUAU